AUCCAGGGGGUUUGCUCUAACUAUAGUUUUAAUGAUAAUAUGUUUCUCUUAGGUUGUUCACAUGCAAUUUUGUGGCAGUUCUGCAAGCUCUCCCUCACAGCAGUAUCUUUGCCAUUCUGCCCUCUGAGUAAAGAUUUUUUUCCUGACAUCUGACCUAAAUUUCCCUUCUUUUAGCUCAAAUCUGUUCUCCCUCAUCCUGUCACUGCUGGACCAUGUAAAAGUCACUCCCUGGUGCUCAUAAAUUCCCCUUGAGUCACAGAGGGCCAGAGCGAGGUCUCCCCAGAGCACUGAGAUGGUGCUGCUAAAUUAACUGCUGUGUGGCAGUGGAGGGUUUAUGCUUCAAAUUGAACUUCGCAUGGUAGAAGAUGCAAAAAUUCCUUAAUAAAAAGCGAUUAAUAAAAGUGAGCUCAAGGACCCUCCAUCCACAGCCCACAGAGCCCUCCAAAUCACUACGUGUGGACAAACAAGCACCAGAGCAGAAAUUAGUGGUAUUGCAUCCAUCUGUGGGCUUUAUGCGGCCGCAUCCCGCCUUACUGCUCCUUUUGAACCUCGUUAUUAGGCACUACUGUGCACUGCUUAACGGUCAAUGCGAGACCCUGCUGUGGCUGCUCUCUGAGGCGGGCUGCGGGCUUUCCCCACAUCCAUAACUCCACCGGACAGCCCUCCUCUCCUCGAGGCCCCGCUCCACCCGGAACCCGAGCGCAGCCCGCGUUGCCGCCCGGAGGCAGCGUGGAGCGCUCAAGAUGGCGGCGGGGCGGGUGUUCGCCUUCCGCGACGCGCGCUGGGCCCCGGACCCGGUGCUGGCGCCGAGCGCGGCCGUGCGCAGCCCGCAGCCUGUACCGCUGGUGAUCGACAACGGCUCGUUCCAGACGCGGGCGGGCUGGGCCGCCUCCGACCCCUCGGUGCCCGCCGAGCCCCUGCUGCGGUUCCGCUCGCUGGCGGCGCGCAGCCGUGGGGCGCGCGGUGGGGCGGGUGCGGAGACGCAGGUGGGCAACGACCUGGGCAGCCCCGAGCCGCUGCGCUGGCUGCUCCGCUCGCCCUUCGACCGCAACGUGCCCGUGCAGCUGGAGCUGCAGGAGCUCCUCUUCGACCACGUCUUCCAGCGCCUGGGGGUCGCCUCGCAGGGUUGUGUCGAACAUCCAAUAGUUUUGACAGAAGCAGUGUGCAAUCCUUUGUAUUCAAGGCAGAUGAUGUCAGAGCUCCUCUUUGAAUGCUAUCAAGUUCCUAAAGUGUCCUAUGGCGUGGAUAGCUUGUACAGCUUUUACCACAACAGGAAGCAGAACUGGCCUUGCAGUGGGUUGGUGAUAUCUUCAGGUUAUCAGUGUACACAUAUUUUGCCAGUCCUGGAAGGGAGGCUGGAUGCUAAGAACUGCAAACGCAUCAAUCUUGGGGGCUGUCAGGCAGCUGUGUACCUGCAGCGUCUCCUUCAGCUGAAGUACCCCGGGCAUUUUGCUGCCAUCACUCUCAGUCGCAUGGAGGAAAUACUUCAUGAGCAUAGCUACAUUGCGGAGGACUAUACAGAAGAACUGCAGAAGUGGCGGUCACCAGAGUACUAUGAGAACAACGUGCACAAGAUGCAGCUGCCCUUCUCUAACAAGCUGCUGGGGAGCACUCUGACAUCAGAGGAAAAGCAGGAGAGGCGGCAGCAGCAGUUACGUAGACUUCAAGAACUCAAUGCACGUCGUAGAGAAGAGAAGCUGCAGCUUGACCAAGAGAGACUGGACAGACUGCUGUACGUACAGGAACUUCUGGAAGAUGGUCAAAUGGAUCAAUUCCACAAAGCUUUAGUGGAGCUGAACAUGGACUCUGCAGAAGAACUUCAGUCUUACAUCAACAAGUUGAGCCUGGCCAUUGAACAAGCAAAACAAAAAAUCCUCCAGGCAGAAGUCAGUAUUGAAGUAGAUGUUGUGGACAGCAAACCAGAGACCCCUGACUUGGAUCCACUGGGCAGCGAGCAGUCACUGGAAGAUGUCGAAAGUAUUCAUGAGUUUGAACCUUUAUUUGCUGAGGAACAACCCGAAGUUGAGAAGCCUGUUGCUGCAGUGCAGCCCGUGUUUAACCUGGCAGAAUACCACCAACUUUUUCUUGGCACCGAAAGAAUAAGGGCUCCAGAGAUCAUCUUCCAGCCCUCCCUGAUAGGAGAAGACCAAACUGGUGUAGCAGAAACAAUGCAAUAUGUCCUCGAAAGGUAUACAAAAGAGCAACAAGCUGUUCUUGUCCAGAAUGUUUUUCUCACUGGUGGAAAUGCAAUGUACCCUGGACUAAAAGCCAGAGUCCGGAAAGAACUCCUUGAAAUGAGGCCGUUCCAGUCGUCUUUUCAGGUUCACCUUGCUUCCAGUCCCAUUUUAGAUGCCUGGUACGGGGCUCGAGAUUGGGCAGUGGAACACAUGACCCGUGAGGAAGGUUGGAUUACCAGAAAAGACUAUGAAGAAAAAGGGGGAGAAUACCUCAAGGAGCACUGUGCCUCCAAUGUCUACGUGCCCAUUCGCCUGCCAAAGCAGGCCCCACGGACUACAGAGGCAUUGACCAGCAGGGCGCUGACAGCUAGCGCGGGCAAUCCUUGCGAGCAGGCGUAGCACCCAGCCUUUGUCACAGUCCCUCCCAUGGAGGGUCCCUCAGAUCUGCUCGGAGUGGAAACACCACGUCAGCGAGGAGCCCUGGAGACUAAACACGGGCCACGUGUCCCACGUCCCAGAUUUCCGCCUGAGCUGCGUGCAGGGCUUGCUUUUGGUCUUCAAGGCUUCUUACGUUUCCUGUGCCACGACGACUUCAAACGCGAACCGUUCUCUGCUAAAUCUCCGCUAGGACACCAAGGUUAGAACUCUUUGCUCCAAUUAUUAAUCUCCAAAAUAGUUAACGUGCUGGGUAAGACAGCGUUUCAGAAGAAAGAGAAGAUGCCCGUGAACUGUCACUUAAAAUUUAGGAUUAUCCCUCCGGAGACAGCCUGCAACGAUCGUGUAGCAGCCAGGCGUAAAGCAGAACUUUUGAAGCUUGUGUGGGAUGAGCAGGGGAGGGCAGACUGCUGUAAUGGAUUUAACAUUAUCCCCCAAGUCAGAUGGUGGGAUUUCCACCCUGGUUCAACACGUCAGGCACGGAGCAGCUGCUCUGAGUCCCAUUAUUCACUCCCACUGCCAGUCCCCGUGCAUAAGCUUCAACAAAACUGCUUGGUCUUAAGUGGUUCAGACUGCGGCUUGCCGGCGUGGUUUGCCAGGAAUUCUCCACGCUGCAUUUUGCUCUCUUUUCAGGUGCUCAGCUUCCUCUGGUUAGCUGCUGCACACCUUUUGCCCCACUUCUUCUGAGCCCAGCCCUGGCUCUUAGGACAGAGAAGUGCCGUAGGUUUCUGUGUUUUCUGUUUUCUUUUUAAUUGCAUUGUUUCUUCUGCAUCCUUCGGGAUCAUUUCUUCCCUUUUUUGAGCAGUGGGCUUGCUUUCCAUUUCCUAAGGCAGUAGAGGCCAUAAUGAGAGCACUGCAUCGAGAGCCAGGAGGCCUGCCUUCGUUUCCAUCUCUAUUUACUCCUGACAAGCCAGUUUGUGCUUGUUUGCUUUGACCUUGCCUCUGUGCCUCGGCACCUAUAACAGCAAAAUUAACCUGAGAGUCAUGCUGGUAGAGCUGUUCACACUGUAUAGCAGCUGCAGAGAACAGUAAGGGUGGUGGGAAGGCUGGAAAGAGGGCACUGGGGAAGGAGGGAGGUCAGAUAAAAUCCCGGGCAGUAGGUCCAUGUGUGCUUCAUGCUCAGGUGGGCCAGGGGCAGGUGGGAGUCUUCUAACCACUCGCUGCUGAAUGAGGCAUGCAGUAGUGUAAGAAUCACUCUGUACAUGGGUUCUUUUAUUCGUUAGCAGUUGCUGCUGAUCACUGUCAGAAUAUGGAACAAGCUGGGUUUAUGGUCUGACUCAGAAGCUUUUACGCUCUCAGAAUUCCUGAUUUUAGGCAGGACAGGAUUUCUUUACCUGUUAAUUUAGGAACAAGGUGAAGAACAAAGUGUUUUCUCUCUCUAUCUGCCAGGACAUAAAAUGAAUAGAAGAGAUGUGCUGGUGGGGAAAACAUCUUUCAUGUUGUCAGUGAGAUUCCUUGUAGGCAUCCAGGCUCCUGUGUUCCCAGGAGCUGUGCUCAGGCUGUUAAACCAAGAGGAGGCUCAUCCCCAGGGGAAGCUCAGGGCACCGCUCUUGGCAGGUCUGGCUGAGCUUCACAGCGUGCGAGGAGAGUGUGGCUUCAUUCAAACCCACUGAAUUCCGGAGAAGAGGCUUGUGGAAAACAUCUAAGCUCCUUGUGCUUGGAGGAUGUGAGGUGGGGUACGUGAACUUGAUUUAUGGUAAUAAAGUAAGAAACGGAGCCUGACUCACUGACACUUGUUCUGCAGCCCAAGCAGCAGCCCGACCUGUCAGGUGAGGAGCAGCCCUGGGGGUGCCCUAGGGGCUGGCAGCGACGCAGUGCUCCCUGCACAGCUCCACACGUAAUUCUGUUUGCUCUCUUUAUAAAUCUGUUGUCAGCACUCCAGAGGCAAAAUACCUUUACAAUGUCCCCAGCUGUUUUGAAGGAUGUAUCCACAGUAACGUGGAUUCCACCAUGGCUUUUUAGGUUCGUGGAGGGUGUUACCAGGUAGAUUCCAUCUGCCGGUGCUGGCUUUGAGCUGCCAGUAAGCUUCUUGCAUAGCUCGACAAGUAUUAGGAAAAGCAGCUCUGACUGCUGAAUGUGGCAGGGCUGCUUUUUUUGUGUCAUCUUUAAACUCAGUUUUAUGUCCCCUGGGUUGAACAUGUGUGUUAGCAGGAUGCUCCUGGCUGGCACUGCUUCUCAGCACUGCAAAAUGCAUUUCCAGUCCCGACCCUUAGAUCACUAUAAUUUCAUUUUCCAUGCUGCAGCUUGGUUAAAAUAUACCCCACUCCUCCUCUCACCCCAGAUUCCUGCCACAUACCUGGCAUUCCUUCAUCUUAAUGAGAUGAGGGAGUGGGGGAUUUCACUCUCCUGGAAUUUUAGAGGAAUACUAAGUGGAUUUCUCAUGAAAAGCCCCAUUUAGGAUAUAAAUCUCUCCAGAAGAUAGCCUCACAUGGCAAACCUUGCUUUUGCUCGUAAUGCAAGCAGUUUUUAGCUCCUUGUUCAAUUGCUGCUCUCUGCUUGGGCCGCGGUGCAGAUAUUGCUGUGAUGGAGCGAGCUCUUGGGUGGAGGCUGAAGUCUUAUCUGUUUGUGUAGGCAGGGCACCGGGCACCUCCUGCUGCUGGCACUCGGCCUUUCUGCUGGGUGCUGCAAUUUGCAUAGUUUUGUUCCAGGCUCAGCCACGAAUUUACCCUGUAUCAUGAAGCUGCGUUGGACCAGUUUUCUGCAGCCCGGUCCUGGUGCUGACCCAGGAGGUGUUGGGGCAGUGGCGUCCCACGGCAGCAGGAGCACAGUGUGUUUGUCACAGCGCUCGCCUGCUCCCUCGCUGAUGGAGGCCUUGCUGAGGCUGGCGUGCUGCAGCCACCUGGGAACGCUCAGUCCCUGCUGCAGGGAGGCUCCACAUGUUUACACAUAGCAGUGACAGCAGUGACACGUGUCCCAGCAGUGACAGCGGCGCCAGCUGCCCGGAGCAGUUUCAGGACUGCCCUGGAGCACUUUGCAUCCCUGUAGGAGACAGCAGGAGCGGUGUGUGUACAACAGGAAGGGGAGGCUGCCAAUAAUGACGGCUGGCUGACGCCGGGUAGGCAGUGAGGCAUGGAAAUGCGGUGUGCCCAGAGCUGUCUGCAUGGGAUCCAGCUCCGUUGCGGGGCUCUGCCCUCUCCCACACAUCAGAAAGGAUGGAUUAAGGAAUACAAAUCACAGAGCUCUGCACGCAGGUGGAUGUUGGAGUGGCAGCACCACGCUGUGCCGUGAGCUUCUGCCCUGGAGGUGCUGUGAAUGUGCUGCAGUCUGUGAGGAAGCUGCUGCGAUGAGCGCUGCGUGGCUCUGAGAGUGGCUGUUCUGGAGCCGUGAGGCUGCUUUCAUCCCGCUCCACGUGGGCAGGCGGCCACGGGUGUCCUGCUGCCGGAGGAACAGGGGAGAGGAAAGCUUUGAUUCCCCGCGAUGGACACUGCGGUGCUCGGGAUGGAAGGAAUCAGGGCCGGGGGCUCCUGCUUUGCUUUUAUCCUUUGUGACUGGGACUUCUUGUUGUGGGAACGGCUGUGACCUCUCCUCUGGCUUUGUUUGUGCUCCUUGGCCGAUAUUGUUCACAGCAGCUUUGAUAUGCAGCUCCAAGGGGUGCAGGAAGAGCUGAGCCUGGCUGCCCACUGCGCGCUGCGGGCUGGCAGGAGGUGCCCCUGCGCUCAUUGGAGCUCCCCAUGCCCUGGGGAGGACAGCUGAGCCGUGUGCCAUCAUGGGCUGUCCCCGAGGUGAUGACUUGUGCCCAGCGUCUGCCUCUUCUGGGUGUGAUUUUCUAGGAAAAGAGCUGGGAGGCUGCAGAGCUGCUGCGCUGUGCUUGGGCUGUGGGGUCACUGCUGGAGGUGGGAGAUGCCCACAGUGUGCAAUCCACGAGGGCUUGGGGACAGCAAGGCAGGCCCGGCAGGGACAGCUCACACUCAUGGUUGCUGUUCUCUUGGGUGCAUUUUAAAAAUCACAUUGAGUUCUGUUUUUCCACAGCACAGCAGACUCCCUCGGCAUCAGAGAAGACAAUUCCCAGAAGCUGUAAAACCCUCAACUUGUUUACACAACUCAACAUGCACUUUAUAAUAUUGUGUCACCCUUCAACCUCCUCUGCUGUUGUUCUGUGUGCUGGAAUCUGAAAUACGUGUAAGCCCUGGUUACGCUGUAUGCCUUACACAGGCUUGAAAUGCUUUUAAUUGCAAAUUCGCUGCCGUUUCUAUGAGCAGUCAACAACUCAAUCACAGGAGCCAGCUGUCAGGAACAAGAGUUUUUAUCAGGUAUCAAAUGCAGCCCUAUGGUCAGAGAUGGGGGCUCAGGUCAGGGGAUGGUUUCAGGCUGUGGGGUUUGGGGAUGGGUUCGGUGUGUUGUCCCUGCUUCAAGCCGAGCUCUGCCUUGCACGUGCUUCCCAGCACCCAGUGCAGGAAGCAGAGCUGGGUCCAACCUGAACCCCUCUAUGCUGCAAGAAGUGGAUAUUAAAAAAGCAAAAACAAAGCAAACUCCUAGAAUACCGCUGUUCUGACUUCAGCAUUUUGCACCAAAAUAACCCACCACAAGCAGUUCUCAGACGUACCAACCUCUUUCCAUUUUUCUGCUUUCCAGAAGGGUGCUGGAGCCACCCCGCCUCCUGAAUUGAAGGAAGUCCUUUCCUGAAGUGUGCACAGAAAGGCUCCAGGUUUCUGGCUCAGGAAGUUGCUCCUGGAGCCUGGGGCCGGCGCAGACGUCCCGGUCAGGCCGGUGGAAUCGCAGCGAGUGAAGUCCUGCCAAGAGCGGUGACUUCGGUUGCUCCUGCUCUGUUUUUUCUGUGUCAGGGGAUGAGCAACCAGGGUCCUCCUUCCUUUUCAGAGAAGGCGCUGUGGCUUAAAUCUAGGCCGAAAACAGACAUAAACCUACUUUUGUUCCUUAGGCAUCCUAAAGACUUUCCUACAAAUAAGUCAAAAUAUGUACGUUUUAAAGUGUUUUGCUCCUUGGGAUUCGUGUUUCUACUUGAAAAUAAAAAGCUUGUAAUUGUCUAAA